GGGAAAGCACAUAGCUUAGAUUCGCCUCGUUCAAUACUCACAUUAUCCUGUGAACAGAUCUAUAUCGUUUUCUGGAGCUAGUCAGCACGAGAAAAUCAAGAAGUACUUAUAAGAAAUAGUAAUUUAAAUAUCUGCUUCACACCGCAUGUCAUGUCUUCACAAACGACUUUCUAAGUGCGUCAAGCUCCUACCAGUGGAUAUCCAAGUUGCUGGGUAGCCAGAUCAAAUUCAUCUAUUGAAAAGUUAAGAGUGUUAUAGGAAAGCAUCGAGAUCCAGAACGAAUGCACCUGCUCUAUUCUGCAGGAAGAGGAUGUGUAUUUCGAAGCAUCUUUGAAUGAGUGAACAGGCUACUAAAUUUUUAAAAGACGAAUAACAAACAAACGAAGGGAAACUUUUAGAAUUUAUGAUCCUAAGAGCUUUCUUUUUCAGGGAAGCAUCCAUUUCAUAAGCCUUUCGAGGUUAUCUUCCACAAUACCCCAUACAGAUUAUAAAACCGCCUUUGUUGGAAAAUUUACGCAUUUUGUUCAAAAGAUUUAGUUAUUGUAGCUAGGAAAUUGAGUCUCUGAUAUUGUUGAGCUAUUUGCACUCGUUGAGUUUUCAAUUCUAAAACAUUACCUGUCAUCUUGCUUACGCGCUCUUAGCUAAAAGUGAGUCUUUCAAUAUGUCUUCGGAGAACGAGAAAGUAGUAGAAUUACAGGAUCAACAAUCUCAAAACAUGUCUUCUAAGUCUGACGCGUCUAAGGGCCAUGAAUCCAUAGAAAAAUUCAUCACUCAAGGAAACAUGGCAUACGCGCAAAAAGACUAUGAGUCAGCUGUUGAAAAGUAUAGCCAGGCUUUGAUGGAAUCUGAAAAAAUCUAUGGUUCUGAUAGUCUUGAAAAUCGAAAUAUUUUAUGGCUGUAUGGAAAAUCACUUUUCCAAGUAGCCGUUGCGAAUAGCCAAGUUUUAGGAAAUGCCGUAGAUCCAGACGAAGGCGCAGAAGGCGAAGAAGAUGAAAACAAACAACCGGAAACUAUUGGCUCAUUUUCAUUCACUGGCCAAAAGAUGGAAAAUCGCUAUCACGUCCCUGAGACAAGUGAACAAGCAGAUACUUCAGCUCGCUCGCAAGAUAGAAAAGAAGAGGGAGGCUCCCCAGAGGAACAAGAACAAGAGCAAGACGAGGAUGACUUUAGUGUUGCUUGGGAAGUAUUAGAUUUAACUCGGGUUAUGCAAACCAAAGCUAUAGAGGAACACCCCGAAUCGUCGGAUGAAAAGCUUCGUCUUGCAGAUAUUUUGGAUUUACUUGGUGAGUUAUCGUUAGAAAUAGAAAACUUUGCUCAGGCAGCUGAAGAUUUGGAAUCUGCGCUUCAUUGGAAGGUGCAGGUUUACAAAGAGGGAAAUACUUUACUUAGCGAAGCUCAUUAUAAACUAGCGUUGGCUCUUGAGUUCGCUGAUCCAAGCGAUCAUUCCACAAAGGAUCGCGCUCGUGAGCAUGUGGAAAUGGCAGCUGAGAUCCUUCGAGGUAUUUUGGAACAGCGAAAAUCAGAAGAAAAAGAUAACAAGGGAAAGGAAAGGGAAGGAGUUGAACAACCCAUGGGAUCAAGCAUCAAUGAUUUGCAAGAAAUGUUGAGUGAAUUGGAGCAGAAAGCUGAUGAUUUAAAACAUGGUGCACCUUCUUUAGAGGAGGCCGUAGCUACAAAGAUGCAUGAAUCUUCCCUCCUUUCUGGGAACGAUGGAAACUUAGCCUCUGCUGUGGCAGACGCAUUAAAGAAUGCCAAUGACUUGGGAGGACUUGUGAAACGCAAACGACCCAAGCAAGAAUCUCAAGCAGCCCAACAAGAGGAUAAAAAUAAAAAGCCAAAAACAGAAUCAGAAUAAAAAACUAAAUUGUGAACAAAAAGAAACCCCUUGUCCUACAAACCUACUUUUGUUUAAUUUUUGUGUGAUAGUCAAUUUCAGAUGAUAGAGCAGUGUCGUAUGCUGAUGUCGAUAAUGAAUGAUAACUCUCAAUGUCUUUCUCUUGCUUUUUUCUUCCUCUGAACCUCUAAAAACUCUGUAUCUCACGUAGAAUUGUUGUUAAUAAUAUUAUAUUACGGUUACGAUUUUUCUUUAGUAAAAUAUUACGAGUUUCUCUGACAUUCUGUCCUUGUUGACGGGAUAGAUCUUUUC